UACUGACGAGCAGACAGUAGAAUGAUAAAGACUAAACAAAAAUACAAGAGGGGGUGGUGAACAGACUACAACCGACAAAGAUGGACCUGCUAACAAUCUUCUGUCACCUCCUGGUUUUAUGUUUCGAUCCGUCUGCAGCCACAAGCCUCAUUACAGCGGAUAUAUUUGAAGCCAGAGGUCAACGUGUGUGCAAGGCAGGGAAAGGGAAGCCGUGUUACAAGCUGGCCUAUUUCUCCGAGCUCCGGCGGAGGCUGAACUUCGUAGAGGCAGAACUCGCCUGCAGACGGGACGGAGGGCAGCUUCUGAGCGUGGAGUCGGCGUCCGAGCAGAAGGUCAUAGAGCAGCUCAUCACAGACCUCCGUCCAACUGAUGGAGACUUCUGGAUAGGUCUCCGCCGUAACCAUGGCGACGAGAACAGCAGCUCAGACUGCUCCUCGCAGUACUACUGGCUGGACGGCAGCAAGUCUACAUUUAGAAACUGGCACUGGGAUGAGCCAUCAUGCGGCUACGAGGUGUGUGUGGUGAUGUAUCACCAACCGUCCGCUCCUCCUGGUCAGGGGGGGCUCUACAUGUUCAAGUGGAAUGACGAUAAUUGCGAAACCAAAAACAAUUUCAUCUGCAAAUACACUGCAGAGGAGCCACUGGACCCUUCCCCUUCUCCACACCCCACUACAGCAACAACUCUGAAUUUGGUUUACAUCAUCAUUCCCACCAUUCCCCUGAUACUGCUGUUACUGACAGUGACCGGAGUUUGCUGCUUCAAACUGCUUACCAGACGAAGGAGGAAGCAGCAGAAAUCAGAAGUAUGCCAGACAGACCCGGGCGUCAGCUCCAGCACUCCAACUGAUGUAUACAACGUUAUUCGCUCCCAGAAGGAUGACGACCUGGUUUCAACUCGCCCGCACACCAAAAUCACCUCCUUUUUAUGCUCCUCUCCUGACACACCGACAGGGGACUAUGACAACCUGGGGGGUCGGGACACCGAAAGCGGCUUUGUCACACUUGCCAGCACGGAGAGCGGCUUCCUCAACUUUGACCUCAAUGACCUCAGCCUUGGGCGUCGUGGCACCCGAGACUUCUAUGACACCAGCUUGGGCCGCUCAGGAAAGAGGGACUUGAACGACAGUAGUCUGGGUUGCACUGGGCAUAGAGAGUUUAAUGACAGGAGUCUAGGUCGUCGUACAACAAAGAGUGAGCAUUACAGCAGCAGUUUGUACGGAGACCACGGAUUGUAUGAUGGCAGUAUCAGAGGAGGGAGUGACCUCUAUGAUCCCAAACUGAGGCCUGGAGGUCACACAGUAAAGGCUGACCUCUAUCAGACAUACAUCACCAACGGCAAGGAGGACACUUACCAAACCAGCCUCGGAACCUAUGGAAACCGGAAAUCCUACCAAGCAAAUCUGGAUUGCUACCAAAAUGGCCUGAAUCUUGAUGGCGGAAGGAGAUACUUCAAUGAACAAGAAUGGAUAAACAGAGAAAACUACUGA